AUGGGUGUUGAUUUUAAUGUUAAAUGUGCGGAUAAAAGCAGCGCUGAAAAGAGCGUGCACCGCAAACUCUUGGAACAAAUGAAAGGCUGUCGUUUUGCCUUUACCGCUUUAACGCAAAAGAGGCGAAAAGAAGAUGAAAAUUUUUUUAUUGCGUUUGACGGUAAUUUCGAACAAACUGCAUCGAUGACAAAACAAUUAACCACAACGACUUCAGUCACAACGAUUGCAAAUUCUAAUCUGGCGCCCACCGCCAUUUCACCCACAACGCCAUUAACAACGACAAAUUCUAAUUCGCCUAUAACCGGUACAUUACGAAAAUGUAGUAGCAACACAACAAUUGGAAUUGCUCCCACUUCCACCCUACCCGCCACUGGAUUAGUAACGCCAGUUACUGUAGCACAAGCAAAACCUACUGCUCCUGUAUCAUCAUCUGCAGCAUCAAAUGACGCGAGUGGCCGUUCUGCCGCAUUGGAACGCGCAUAUGUGCACGAUGUCUACGAGAACUGCGAAGAACCAACUGGACCAAUACGUCCACGUGUAGCGCAAUUUUUAAGUAAUCUAGAACCUGGUUCUGUUGUCUGUGAUGUUGGUUGCGGUAGUGGACGAUACUUAACCCACUGCAACCCCGCUAUAUGUACCGUGGGUGUAGACCGUUGCCAUCGCUUGAGUAAAGUUGCCAAAGAAAAAGGUGGAGAGGUUGCGUUAUGUGAUAAUUUGGAGUUGCCAUUUCGAGACGAGUCUUUUGAUGCCGUACUCUCACUUGCAGUGGUCCACCACUUUGCUACUACUGAGCGACGUGUCAGUGCAUUACGUGAAUUAGCACGUAUUUUAAGGAUUGGAGGUCGUGUAGUUAUAACUGUUUGGGCUUUGGAACAACGACAUAGACGUUUCGAAUCGCAAGACGUGUUAAUACCAUGGCAGCCACCAAAGAAUCGCAAUUAUAGCUAUUCUGAUGAGGAAGAUGAUGAUGAUUUUUUGCCACCCUAUCAUGCAUAUAUAGAAGAUUCGACAAAUUCCAGUCGUUCAGCAGGUGAUGGUGAUAGCUCUAGUUUAUCGUCCUCAUCACCAGGUGAAUCGUGUUACAGUUUUGUUAGGCGUGCAAUACAGAAACUUGCUGGUGGUCGUAAGCACGCUUGGUUCUUAGAUUCAUGGACAUCAAAGGAGACUAAAAAUGACAGCAGCUUAGAUUAUGAAGAUGCCAAAGACUUACCAAUAGAACUACGACGACUUGACGAUUUUGACGAUUUUCCCGAUCCACCACUUUCAGCUGGACUUAAAUCACGUAGCCUAGGUAGCAUACUCAAUCCACCACCUCGUCAAAUAGUACGUUCACGUUCCAGUGUUCCAAGUCUAGGUGGUCCAUUGCUGCAUGCCGAACAAAAUCUUAAGUCAUCUCAAAAUGCUCAAUUCCUCUCGACAUACGACGGCCAUAAUAGUGCUAGCAUAACCACAGCUGCAAAUGGCCAUUCACCAACAGGCAAAGCCAAUGUAGGUGCAAGCGCUAGUGCCUCAUCUUCACUCGGUCGCCGUCCUAAACUAAUAAAACAAAAACAAUCGCUUUGUGAUGAAGACUAUCAACUGCCAGAAAAUCCAUUUCAUAUGAUAAGUAGCUAUAAUAGUAGUAGUAAUAGUGUUAACAACGGUCUCUAUAUGAAAAGCGGCUGCUACUACAGUAGUACCUCAAAUCAGCAUCCCAACUUACCACUUAACUUAAAUUUACAACAACAACACUCCGGUCUGUCAGCACGCCAAUUAGCACAGGCAAGCAUUUUUUUGCGUAAGCAAAGUUCCCUCAAUGAAGAGUUAAUGGCAGCAAAUCGUAUACGAGAAAAAGAACGUGUCCGUAAGCGCAUACAAAAACAAAUGUCAUUAAAUGAAGCUUUUCUAUGUCGUUCGGCCUUGUUUUCGAAACGUCUGCAGGUAAUACGUGAAGGCUUCACAACAAAAAUAAAAAGCUCAACGGGCAGCUUGGAGCGCGCAACAAAAAAUGGUUUAACAAAAAUCAUACAAAACUUUAAAUCACCGCAAACCGCAAACGGUACGGCAGUUCCCAAAACAAGCCAAAAUAAUGCACAGCAGCAUAGCCAUUGUCCGCAUCCUCAGCACCACAGCCAUCAUCAUCAUCAUCACCACUUUCCACAAAUGCUGUACAAACAGUCUUCAUGCAACAGCGCCAGCAGCAGAUUUGCGGGUCCAGUGGUGUAUUGCAACAAUCACGACUGUGCCACUACGGCCUGUUAUUGCAGCACAUAUCAUCACAUUUGUAGCACUUGCAACAGCAACUCGGUAAAUGGAAACGAGGACGCAGAGAGCAAAGCACGCCGCUGUUCGCGCGAAUCUGGAUCGGAUUCUUCUAAAGACAGUAGUCUGCAAUCCGAUACAAGUAUUGAAUCUGAAGACAGUUUCGCUUCUGUUAUAUUCAUACCUAAGCCUGAACAGCAUCAACAGCAACUAAAUUACCAACAACAGCACCAAAACUCCAAUUCAAGUUCUAGUAAUUCAUCUUCCAGCAAUGGCGGCUGUCAAGUAUAUAAUAAUUGUUGUCAACGCAAGAGCUGCAACCAGCAACAAACGAGCAACAAAAUGAACUGCAUGCAUGUGAAUGGGCAACAGCAACAAACGCAUUACCCACGCAUACCUUCUGUGCCAACUUCUCCACUAAUAAUGCCAUGUCCUCCAACGCCAGCACACUCGCCAGCAGCAGCACAAGCUGCGGUUACUUCGCCACCACAAACCAUUGCGGCUGUUACUGCUGCAAUGGCCAUAUUAACCCCACCCUCAAAGCCACUAGCCGAGGGUGCCGAGAAUAUAAUUUCAAAUGGCAUUAGCAAAAAUCGUUUUAAUUUUGAUGAGGCCCACAUUAAGCAACAUGACGCACAAACUAAACAACAACAGCAACAAGAGUCACAAACUGAUAUAAAAAAAUCGGAACCAGAAAUUUUAUCAAACGCAAGCCAAAUAAACUCAGUCAUCAACAACAAUAACAACAACAACAAGCAAAAUAAGAAAAGUGAAGUUGAGAAGCAAAGUAAUGUAAAUGGUAACUUACACAAAAUAACACGGCAAACCAUAAAGGAUCUGCCACCCAUACCCAAAUUUCGUAAACAACAAUCCUUGCAGCUGCAGCGACCCAACUAUCCAAUCGUACGCCGUUCAUCUGCUGCCUCCAGUGCUGUACCCACUAUACCCAAAUUGCUGUCACUAGAACUGUUUAAUCCGGCGACAGAUGACUUGGACAGUGAUUCCAGUGAACCCUCAUCGCCAGAUUCAAUUGACAGCGUUAUAAGUGCACCCAAAUCGAAUGUUGCACCCAGUCUAAAUGAAGAGCAGCAAAAUAAAAAAGCAGAUACUGCAGAGGAGAGCAGCAAUGAGGUGCUGCAUACCGAUGAUAUCGAACAUAUCAUAAAAGCGCAACAGCAGCAAUAUCACAACGGAGAUCUUAAAAUAAAUCCCGCAGCACCAAAUGAUAUCAUUUUGAAUGAUGAUAGCUGCAACAUACUGCCCAUACAUGCAAAUGGUUCAUCUGCGAAAACUAAUACAAAAACACAACAGGAUUGUGUUGAAUUCGCAGAGAAACUGAGUGCACAAUUAUUACGUGAAAUCGAGGAUAAGACCAACCGUGCAGAGUGUCGCAGUUUAGAUGGCAUUGGCGACAUUGCGGAAUACCUGGAUGAUCCACUAUGCAGUCAAAAGAAACGUAAUGGUGAACCAAGAGAUUUGACUGCAUUACGUGAGGAACUACGGGAAAGACGACUUAUGUUAGCCAAUCUAUCAACACAACCAAGUUUGCAACAAUCACCCACUUCAUCAUCCACAUCAUCGUUAUCUUCGCAAACACGUAGUUUUACUAUACAUGAAGAAGAUGAAGAAGAGGAUGAAGAAGAGAAUGAACGUAGCUACACACUGCAGUUAUACGAGAACUGCAAGAUAUCUAAAUUCAAUUAUAAGCGCAAUCGGCACUAUAAUUUAAAUCCUGAAACUGCAUAUCUGCUGCAAGAUGACGGCGAUUCUUCAGUGCGUGAUGAAGAUGAAAUUGAAGACAUUGAACAUGAUAUUAUAUUUGAAGAAGAAGAGGAUGAGGAAUUAGAAGCUACAACAAAAACAGCAUCUACUGCUGAAGAAUCAAAAACACUAGGUGGUAAAAAUAUUCAGGAAUAUGCUCGCAAAACUAGUCGCAAUACGAUCAAGUGUGAUUCCUUAGAGGAUAACUUGAAAGACAAACAAAACCAAAAACAACAACAAAUACAAGCACAAAAAAAUAAGUUAAAAUCAGAUAAGCAACAAAAACAAUCAGAACAACAAACACAGGGUUUGGAAAAUCGCCAAUCGACUGAGUCUUGGGAACAUUCAAACAGCUCGACAACAUCCCUUGACAGUCCGUCACAAGGUGGCGCUACAACACAUCAUCGUUACUAUCAUGUUUUCAGAGAAGGCGAACUGGACGCCUUGAUAAAUCAUCAUGUGACCAGUCUGCACAUUGUGUCCUCGUACUACGAACGUGCCAGCUGGUGUGUGGUAGCAGAGAAAGUUCAAGUUUGGACUAUAUGAGUACUUUACUCACUACUAGUUACUAGUGUAAACAUUUGUAGUUUUAAUAUAUAUCAUUAUAAUACUUAACUACUCGCAUAAUUCCGUAAUUACUAGUUGAACUAAAACCACAAUUAAAACGUGUAAAAAAUCCUUUUGAAUUUAGCCUAAAUAAGCUCAAAUACUAACGAAAUCGUUUCAGCUUAGUUAACUUAA